CACUGUACUCAGCUGUGACUGAGGCAGUGUGAGCACUGAGUUGUUGCUGGUGUUGUGGUGGUGAGGCACGGAAAGUUGUGCAUGGUUUGGAGUGCUUUAGUGGACUUACUGGAUUGUGUAGCUCUGCGGCAGGUCCCGGGAGGGCACUCCUUAUCAAGAAGAAGCAGAGGAACAACGCCAGUGCUGGAGUGGGAGUCAGACUCGGACAGACAGAACGUCAACCUAGUCGCAGCGCCUGCCUGAAAACGUUUUACUGUUGGCUUCCAAGUCUUGACAAUGGGACGUGAUAGGGAGAGAGAGAGAGAUCGUGGGGAACGAGACCGCUUCCAUCGUCACAGAUCACAUUCACGGGAGAGAGAACCAGUGCGUCGUGACAGAGACCGGGAUAGGGAGCGAGACAGACGGGAAAGGAGAAGCCGCUCAAGAUCACGCUCCAGGUCAAGAUCACCACGCCCUCACCGCAAAUCCUCCCCUGUCUACCUGGCAGGACCGUCAGGGAAGCAUGAAGAGGCUCCAGCUCAGGCCCUGACAGAGGAAGAGAAGCAAAUGAAGGAGCUUCUUGGGUUCUCUUCCUUCCACACAACUAAAGGCAAGAGAGUGGAGGGCAACAAUGUGGGCGCAGUCCAUGUGAUUAUGAAGCGAAAGUACCGUCAGUACAUGAACCGCAAGGGUGGCUUUAACCGGCCACUUGAUUUUGUAGCUUAAGGUGACAUGAUGGCCCUGCUGGUGCCGGUACUGGUGGUGUCAGGAAUGAUAAACCAUAUACAGGACAAAAGGUUCAUUCAUGUGGAUAAGCAUAAGGUGAAUCUGAUGUGUUAAUGUGUUGUACUGUAAUAGUUGUAUUUUUGGCAGCAGUGCCAUGUGCAACAAGUGAAAGAUAAAAUGACUUAUGCUAAAGGAAAAACAUGAGAAAGUUAUCAUGAACAGUAUCUUGCAUAAGAUUUAUUUUUUGGCCAUUGCUUUUUUUCAUAUAAUUUAUCACUGAAACUUUUAUGAAUUUGUCAUAAAUUUGAAAGUGUUAGUUAUAGUUUAUGUGAUUGUAGUUUUUAGAUUUGGUAUUUCUCAGAAAGCAAUAAAUCUAAAAGUAUGA